UGUAACGUUCAAUCUUCAAUCUCUCUCUCUCUCUCCAAAUUAUUAUUACGAUUCUCUGCUGCUCAUAGAAAGCUUCUUCAGUUUCCCUCCCCCUUUCUUCUCACUGUUACUGCCUUUCUUCCAAAACCAGCCAAAAAGAAAAGCAAAACGAAAGCCUCCUGAGGAUGAAAGAGAUGGUCCUUGGAGCGAGCGGCGUCGUUUGGAUGGGUGGCGAAGAGGAAGAAGAAGAUGCAAUUUCUUCCUGGAAUCGAACCAACAACGAUACCGACAAUAAUGUUACCGGUAACGGAUUCGAGGCUAAGGAAGAUGAGUUGGGUAUGUCGGCUGCUUCUCUUUCGAGUUUCAGGUCCAUGCUCGAUGAUGAUUGGUACAUUAAUCCUGCUAUGAACCAGGAGCUUGGUUUUGGUUGUAACCAGGUUGACAACAACAAUCUUCUUCUUCACCACUCGAUUGAUUCGUCUUCUUCUUGUUCUCCCUCGCAGGCCUUCACGCUUGACCCUUCACAGUCUCACCCCUUGUUACCCCCUAAAUCUUGCUUCUCUUCUCUCCUCAACGUCUCCUGCAACAACCCUUUUGAUAAUAAUGCCUUUGAUUUCGGUUCCGAAUCGGCUUUUCUCGCUCAGUUUCAGCCGAAUGUAGCCUCGAAUUUGAUGGUUUUCCCCCAGGCUCAAAUGGGUACUUCCGAGUUCACCUCGAGCUCCGAGUUUCAAGGUUCGAGAAUGUUCGCUGGAACCGAGAAUGCUUCUUCUUUGAGCGGUGGGUUUAGCGGCGGUGCUUUUGACGGGUCGGGGAAUUCCCUGUUUAUGAACAGGGGAAAGGUUUUGGAGCCCCUUGAAGUUUUCCCUUCACUUGGUUCUCACCCGAAUCUGUUUCAGAAGCGAGCUGCGAUGCGUCAGGGCUCUGGUGGAUCUGAUAAAUUGGGGAAUUUGGAUGUUUCGGGGCUGAGAUUCGGAGGGGAAGCGUCGGAGGGAAAGAGGAAGAGGCAUGAAGAAGGGGAUAUUGAGGAAGCCAGCAUCGAUAUAUCAGGCUUGAAUUAUGAUUCCGAUGAGAGGAAUGAUGAUUGCAAAGUGGAGGAGACUGUGAACAACGGUGGGUGCAACUCAAAUGCAACUAGUAUUGUUACCGGCGGCGGUGGGGAUCAGAAGGGGAAGAAGAAAGGUAUGCCGGCGAAAAAUUUGAUGGCGGAGAGACGGAGGAGGAAGAAGCUCAAUGACAGGCUUUACAUGCUUAGGUCUGUUGUGCCCAAGAUUAGCAAGAUGGAUAGGGCUUCAAUACUCGGGGAUGCCAUUGAUUAUUUGAAGGAGCUUCUGCAAAAGAUUAAUGAUCUCCAUAUUGAACUUGAAUCAGCUCCAUCUGGCUCUUUGAUGUCACCAUCGAAAAGUUUCAACCCGGUGACUCCGACCCCACCUACCCUUCCAUGUCGUGUGAAGGAAGAACUACGCCCCAACUUGUUCGCCGGCUCUAAAAGCCAACCGGCUAAGGUGGAGGUUAGGGUAAGGGAAGGAAGGGCUGUCAACAUUCACAUGUUUUGUGCUCGCAGGCCAGGUCUCUUGCUCUCCACUAUGCGAGCUCUAGACAACCUUGGACUGGGUGUAGAGCAAGCUGUAAUUAGCUGUUUCAAUGGAUUUGCACUGGAUGUGUUCCGGGCUGAGCAAUGCAGAGAAGGGCAGGACUUAAUGGCUGAGCAAAUCAAAGCGGUGCUUCUGGAUUCUGCUGGUUUCAAUGGUAUAAUGUGAAUUGAAUAGCUUGUCUUAUACCUCGGGGGUAAUUCAUAAACUCGAUUUGCUCGAGCAUCCCAUCAGUGAAGGACUGAUUUUCAAGUCGAACAUUUGUAGGUGGCGCAAGCAAAGCAUCAUUAGUUGAUAACGUUAGUUACUUGGCUUUUAUUUGUUAAGUACAAGAAUCUCGUUUGCAGUUUGUCUCAAGUAAUUUCAGCUUUUAGAAAUAAAACUCUCCUUAUUUUA